AUCAGAUUCAGAAUUCCCUCAUCGAGGCGGACUCGCGAACUAAAAAAAAAAAAGAAAAAAAAAUUCAACAUUUUCCUCAAUUUACAAACAAUAAACUUUUUUUUUUAAUCUCUACUUUUCUUCAAUUUGCAUAAGAAAAACAAAAAAAAAGUUCUAUCAAAAUAUAAAUAUACAAAAAACAAUUUCUUCUCAAAAUAUUUAUUGCAAAGUCCGCGAAGUGCCGCAAAUGAACGCCACCCAUUUGCACGUAAAUUAAUAAAAAAAAUUUUGUGGAAAAGAAAAGAAAGAAAGAAAAGCCUCUUUUUUUUCUUCCUAUUCGAUUUGAUCCGGAGCGAGUGUUUCGUUUUUUUUUUUUUGUUUUGUCAAAAAGUUGAAAAAAAAAAUAUAUUUUCGAAACACAAGAGGACAAAAAUAAGAACCAACUGAAAUCAACACAACUCCGACUCCCACCGCGGAGAGCCUCGAUGUGGUAUUAUUAUUUUGGUCACCGAGGCCAUGGAGAGUAUCUGCAGAUUAUGUUUUCAACCAGCAGCGUUGUUUCAGGUUCCUGGCUAUAAUCUUCCAACUUGUGCCAAAUGUUCGGAGCAUUUGACCACUAACGGUCUUACCGGUAUAACAGCUAACUUUUAUCAAACAAUAAGACAAGAUUUACCAACUACAACUACUACAGUAGCAAAUAAUACAACCGCAACAACAAAUGGUGGUGGCGGGACCACAAUACAAGUUCAACAAAUAACUCAACAACAACAACAACAGCAGCAACAACAACAGCAACAACAACAACAGCAAACAUCUACAACAGCAGCGAGCACACCACCAGACGACGAUAUAAAUAGCCAACAACUAAGUGGUUCUAUGUCCAAUCAAAACGGCGGCGUGAAAAAAACCGAAACAAUGUCAUUUGAUUUGGAGAAGACCAUUCAGACCAUAGACGUCGAUCUUCUUUUCAACGAAGAAGGAACAUGCCCGCUUUGUUCGAAAACAUUUUCAAGGAAAUCAUCUCUGCUAACUCAUAUUCGAAAUCACUCGGCCGAGAGGAAAUAUGUUUGCACAUUUUGUCAUAAGGGCUUUACACAAGCCGCAAAUUUGCGAAACCAUGAGCGCAUACAUACAAAUGAUAGACCUUAUGUCUGCAUUGAUUGUGGCAAGACAUUUACACAGAUAACUAAUUUGAAUAAUCAUCGCCGAUUGCACACGGGUGAGCGGCCAUUUGUAUGUAUUGAACCAGAAUGCGGACGGUCUUUUGCGCAAGUCACAAAUCUCAACAAUCACAUGAAGACCCAUCACAAAGUACAGCAAUAUUGCUGCAAUCAAUGUUCGAAGAAAUUUACCCAAGUGACGUCACUUAAUCAGCACCUUCAAGCUCAUGCCGGAAUUACAGGCUAUUAUUGCCCCCGAUGUCCGGAGAAAACUUUCAAACAGCAAUCACAACUCCAUACGCACAUGAAAUCGCAUGGUCUCGCCUUCCCGUAUGAGUGUAACAAGUGCGAUGAAAAAUUCUUGCAACAAGCACACCUCGACCAACACAACAAAAUGCAUGACGAAUUCAAAUUCAAAUGUGACAUGUGUCCGAGCUCCUUCAAUCAAGAAGUGUUGCUAAAGAAGCAUGUUCAGCGACACAUCGAAGGAAGGUACAUUACAUGUCCGGUAGCUAAUUGUAACCAAGCAUUCGCCGUUAAACAACACUUAUCGAAACAUCUUCUUACUCGCCAUUCUCACAGUGAACUGCCGCCGCCUAAGCGCUCUAAAAAGCAGCACCAUUCGAUCCAUCAGUCAGUACAAAUGAUUGGGCAGCCACUGUCGAUACAACACCAGAAUCCCGGGCAGCGCAGCCGUGGUCGUCCUCCGAAAAAGAAGAAUCAACAACAGCAACAAUUAAAUCAUUCAAAUGUUCAAACAAUUAAGAUCGAAUUGCCAGCUCAGUUGCAGGAUCAUGUUGGAGGUGGUGGCGGUGCAACAAUACAAUUUAAUCAUAUGCAACCACAACAACAACAACAUCAAGUAACUGUUGGGGGCAGUCAAGUCAAAACAACAGUCGGGCAACAGGCAGCUUUGAUCAACAAUAACACAAAUGGUAAUGCUCGACACCAACAAGAACAAGACCAACACGAGACACAAGUUGAUAGCGGCGAAGAUCUUAAAUGCCAAGAUUGCGGUGUAUUAUUUACAAAUGAAAACGAACUGAGGGAGCAUAUAUUCUACAAGCAUCCCGAAAGGAGAUUCAUGCAGGCUAUUUUAGAAGAGAACAGAUAUCUAAUGAGAAUGCAACCCCAACAAACUUACCUAUGCAAUCUGUGCUGCAAUGUAUUUAAAAGUCAUUUAGCCUUAGUACGUCAUACAGCCAAGUUUCACGGACAACUAAUUGUAAAUUCUUCUAAAUCUGAAUAUUAAUUAAUUUUUUUUGUGUGUGAUUUUUUUUUUUUAAUUUUUCAAAAGUAAUUAAUUAUUUUUUUUAAAUUUGAUUUUAUAUUGCUCUAAAUAUAAGUUUUAAGAAAAAAAUGUUAAAUAUAUUUUUUUUUUUGCACAAGAAAAAAAUGUUCGAACAACAUUAAAAUAAAAAUAAAAAACAAUUAUACAAAAAAUAGAUAACUUCAGUUUAAAACUGAUUAACCGAUUUUUGAACAAAAACAAAUAAAUAGUAAUAAUAAAAUAAAAAAAAUAUUGAAAAGAUAACCGGGAUAAAUGUUUGUUUGAUAAUGAUAUCCCAACAAGAGCAAAAAGAUGUACCUUUUAUAUGUUGUUCUUGAUGAUUGUUUAUUUAUACUUACUUGUACUUGUAUAUUUUCAAAAAACAAAAAAACAAAAAAAUAUUAUAUUACAGCCUUACAGUUGAGGUUGUAGCCGAAACAUAUAAAAGUAAUACAUAUACUAUGAAAUACUGAAAACAAAUAAAUUAAACACAUUUUAAAUAUUAAUGAAAAUGUGUGUUUUAAGGAA